GUCACGGAACAUGGGCUUCCUAGUCCUCAUUCUCCAGUUUAGGAGUUCAUUUUUUCCCCUUACUCCAUCUCUCCUCUCCACCAGGUUCCUUUGCUAUUGAGUAAGCUGUGUGACAAACAGAAAUUCAACAGGUGGAGUCUUUUGUCACAAACUUGUAAAGACAGAGGAUCCCUUUGGGGGCAAAAAAGCUGAUGGCCAUGUUGGAUGUUGUGGUGUGUUGUGAAGCAUAGCAAAGAGCAAAAAUUAAAAGUAUUUUAACAAACAAUGGAAUUUAAAAUUGAACACACUUGGAACAGCUUUCCAGUGUCCCAUGACCCAGUAAUGAUAAGACUGACUCCUGAGAAUGCAGGAAUGUUGAUGGAAGUGAGUGCUCCAUUCUUUAAUGAUCCUCCAGCUCCUCCUGGUGAACCAGGAAAACCAUUCAGUGGAUUGUGGGACUAUGAGGUUGUAGAAGCAUUCUUCCUGAAUGGCCAAACAGAACAAUACUUAGAAGUGGAGCUCUGUCCACAUAUUUGUGAACAUACUUCUAGUAUGACUAUAUCAUGUUUUCAUAGGCAUGGGCAGCAUCUUGUACUGUUGCUGUCUGGCAGAAGGAAAGUAUGCAAACAAGAGUUGCUUUUAUUGUAUGAAGUGUCAAGAGUAAGUGCCAGGUGGAAUGGCAGAGUUCAUCUCCCUUGGAGUUAUUUCCCACCAUCCACUGACAAAUUCAAUGCAUUUGCAAUUCAUGGGUCAGGUGUGAAUAGAAUAUAUGAAGCCCUCUACCCUGUACCUCCACAUGAGAUUCGGAAAGAACAGAAACCUGAUUUCCACCGCCUAGAAUAUUUUAAAUCUCUUAACCUGAACAAGUUAAUGGGAGAAGACUGGAAGCAGCCUUUAUCAGACUUGUGGGAUUUCUGCAAAUGGACCAGUUAAAUAAAUGAGACAAGUGGUCAUUUCAGCAAUACUGCUUUAUUGGUUCUGUUGCUGGCAUUCACUGCAGAGAAUCUCCCAUUAAGGUGUAGGCUGGCAUUGUAUCCUAAGCCAAGAACUUCUGUAGGUGGCUAUAAAGAACUCCUCAUUUCCUUCACAGAUAAUUUUUUCUAUGUAGAAAAAUAUUUCAGAGUUUUGAGAAUCGUAUGUACUUGAGUGCUUUAAAGAUUAUUUUCCUAGAAUGCAAAAAUGGAAGAAUGUUUAUUCCUGCAUGUGUGUCUGCAUCUGAGAUGUAAUCUGAAUGCAUUUGAUCCGUUGUUCAUAAUGUCCCACUGUCUGUUAUAGUAUGCUUUCUGAUAACUAGCAUAGAAGAAUUGACAAUUGGUCAAUUGUGUUGAAAUAGGCAUGAAGCGGAGGAGGAAUCAAGCUAUGGUUAAUUGGGAACAGUGAAUGACACUACAAAAGAUAAUAAGCUGAACAAAGUCUCCCCAGUCAGCUGUUGCUGGAUUUUCAGCAUCCAACUCUUCAACAUUUUUGCUUCGAGGAAGACCCUUGAACUAGCCUCAUAAUAAACUUGCUAACCUGUAUGUUUUCUUCUACUGCAGUGAAUUGACUCCUUGUGGUAGCAAGCAUGAAUUGUCCCCUUUGCUAAGCACGGUCCAUCCUCAUUGGCAUUUCUGCAUGUACCCAGAUUGGCAUUUCUGGGAGACUAUAUGUGUACUCUGCAAGAUAUUCCCUUUAGGGGAUGGGGCCACUCUGGGAAGAGUAUCUGCAUGCAGAAGGUUCCAAUUUCCCUCCCUGGUAUCUCCAAGAUAGGGCUGAGAGAGACUCUGGCCUGUAAACUUGAUGAAACUACUGCCAGUCUGUGUAGACAAUACUGAGCUAGAUGGACCAACAGUCUGACUCAGUAGAAGGCAUCUUCAUAUAUUCCUAUGUUCCUUUGGCAUCGGCUCUUGAUAAGAUUUAGGACCUUAAUAACCUUGCCUUUGUGGAUAAUCUGUGGAAUUGUCAUUCAACAAUCUUGUGAUUCCCCUUAAAAUCUGCUUGUUUGCCUGAACAAGCUACAGUAUUGUCAAAAUGUAGGUAUUUCUAACAAAUUAAUCACUGAGCUGUUAAUAUUGUAAGGUAAGAGUAAUCUAUGAUCUGUUGAUUGCAUAGUACCAAACAGGCUUUAUUUUCUCACACUAAACUGAUUAUGUCUGUAACAUGAAUAGUAAAUCUAACAAUAUUGUUUCAGGUGCUUUUCUAGCGUCUCUUCCCAUCCUACGUAGGCUUAAAGAGAAUCUAGCUGGAAACUAGCUUUUUCAUCCAAGGCAGUGGAGUAAAAUGGAACUGAACAUUAUAGGAGAUAACUAAAAAAGUUAAUUACAGGUAUGGGGCGUAGUUCAGUGCUAGAGCAUCUGCUUUGCAAACAAAGUCUCUGGUUCAGUCCCUGGCAUCUCCAAGCAGGGCUGGGAAACAUGCCUGUCCAAAAGCUUGUAGAGCUGCUGCCUGUCAGUGUAGACAGUAUUGAGCUAGAUUGAUCAGUGGCCUGACUUGUAUAAGACAACUUCUUAUGUUCCUGUAUUGGUAAAAUAGAGGAACUGCAGUAUGUCUUAGGAGUGACAUACCAGUCAUACAUUGUCUGUCUAUGUGACUGGAUUUAAACAUUGUCUUGCAUUGUAGGAAGCCAUGAUGCUCAUAAUGUUUGAAGAAUUGACCUGGUAACACACAAAACUGACAAUAGCUAGUUAGUUUGCUUUAGUAUUGUUAUGUUUCAUUUUUUAAAAUAUUGUAACCAUGGACUAACCCUGAUGUUCAAGGAUAAAAGUCAAAGAGAAGACCUGUUUAGUGAAUUCAUAAAGUGUAAUGACUUAAUUGCCUUGUCUCGCAAUGAGUUUGUUGUAGUUGGAAUAUGUAUCAUACUUUAAUACUCAAUAUUUGUUCUAAUAAAGUAUAAUGUAAAAAUA